UUUGCUUUAAUAAAAAAAAAUGUUCCCAAUUAAUCACUUUCGGUAGCCAAGUUCCAUAGCUUUCUUGUUUGCUUCUAUCACCGCAAUAACAAAAUUCACCAUCCAUAUUUGCAUAUCAUGCAGUCCCUCACUGGAAAACUCAUAACCGUUCCUGAACAUUGAACCUCGAUUUAGUUACCUCUUCCUCUCAACUCCAACCUCUUACACCUACCAACUGUUUGAUAAAAUCUCUCAACCAAACACGUCGCACGAACCACCACCGUUUAACCAUGAUAUCAAACCAAUAAGCCACGUGUUAUGUGAUUAUUCGAGAACAGAACAACCGAGUAGUAUAGCGUACAGGAUCUAAGUUUGGUCCUAAACUCAUUCUCCACCCUCCCGAAAAUCAGGAACCCUUACCUUUCGUUACUGCUUUCACAAUGACAAACAAGCUUCUCUCCACGCCUCUUUCAUCUUUCUUCAAAUUCAGAAGAACAUUAACUUCAAUUCCUCAACGUUUAUCUCCUCAUCUUAAACCUCAAUCCUCAUCACCACCCUUUGUACCUCCGUAUGAUAUUGAUAAUCUCUGUGAUGGUUACCCUACUUCCUAUUAUUAUUCGUCACUUGGGUCUCUCAGAUUUUGCAGAAAAAGUUUAUGUUCGAAACCUGAAGAGAAAUUCCAAAUUACGUGCUGGAAUUGUCAUGAUGUUCCUCAGUCAGCACCUUUCCUGUUCUGCCAAUCAUGUCGCUGCGUUCAACCGGUUGAUCAUUCCAUUGACUAUUUCGAAAUUUUUGGGACGGAGAAGAAGUAUGAUGUAGAGGGUAUCAAUUUGGAGGGGAAGUACAAGGAGUGGCAAAAGAAACUACAUCCUGAUUUAGUGCAUUCUAAAUCUCAGAAAGAAAAAGAUUUUGCUGCUGAACAAUCUGGAAGAGUGAUUGAUGCAUACCGUACACUUAGCAAGCCUUUGUCAAGAGCGAUUUACAUGCUCGAAGGAGUGGAAAUUGAUGAGGAGCAGACAAUUUCUGAUCCGGAAUUACUAGCAGAGAUUAUGGAAAUCAGGGAAGAAGUUGAAGAAGCAACUAACUCCGAGGCUUUAAAUCACAUUCGCUCCCAGAUGCAGGAGAAACUGCAAAAUUGGUCUAAUGCCUUUGCUGAUGCUUUUGAAAGACGGGACUUUGAAGAAGCGAAGAAUGUUAUUAGGAGAAUGAGAUACUAUAGUCGUGUAAUUGAGGAAGUUGUAAAGAAGCUUUGAUACAGGCUUCCAACAUAGAGCUAUUCCGAGGGGAAAUGGUAGAUCACUCAAGUCUGAAACUAUGAAAAAUUCGAAGUGGCCUAUCAGGAAAUAACCAUUUGAUUUCAUCAUUUGUAUCAAUGGACCUUAUUGUUACUUAUGCACGUCUUGAAGUUUAAAUGGUGUCACGCAUCACAAGGCACUUCCAUAGCAUGAGCAGAAUGAGUGGUCAAUCAGACCCGAUGUGUGCAACUAAAGGAUUUAUUAUAUGCAGGUAGGUAUUUUUCUCACCAGAGGAAUUUUGACGCACUUGUAUUUAAUGGAGUGGAAUGAGAGGGUUUUGUUGCAAGGAUAACAAUGUAUUCAUAAGAGGUUGUCCAAUUUGAUGUUUUUUGAAAGAACAAAAUAAUUACACCAUUUGAUUAAUAAUCAAAUAAGUAAUACAAGAAGAUGAUUCAUGAA